AAUAUAAUGUUUUCUCUCCCUACAGGUUAUAAACAUCAAAUGAGCUUCCCUUGCUUCACAAACAUAUCAUGGAGCUCUUGCUACAAAACCUUCAAACUCAGCUUCACUAUUACCAACAUGUUUUACACAACAAAGAUGAAUCAAAAGGACUCCAGAACAUUCAAGGCUGCUGAGCAUAUCCUACAAAUCUUGCUCAAGGUAUUGUUUGGAAGCAGCAAGCUUGGCUCUCAGUAUUGUGGAUGCAGUGGCCUUUCACUGAGGUCUCUGAAGAACAGCAUAGCAACUGGAGUAGAUAUACUCUGCACUUUCAAGAAGGACUCCUCCAACCUUGUCCUGGACAAAAAGGUGGUUUCCUGGGAGCUGACUGAACAGCUCUGUAGAAGAGAGCUAAAACACCUGGUUAUAGACAAUGAUAGCCUCAUUGUGAAUGGGUAUCAACAUAAGCUGCCAGGAAUCAGAUCCACAAAGAGAAGUGAGGUUGGUGUAGGACCUGUCACCCAUAUCCCAGACCAUGGAGAACCAGGAAAAAUCAUGACAUCACUGACUAGUGGCCUCCUGAUCCGUGAAUCCCCUGUAUAUGCUAUAGCAGGGAGAUACAACUGGAAGACCUUCAUCCUUAACUUCACCAUCACCAACAUGUUUUAUACAACCAAGAUGGCUCAAAGGGAUUCCAGCACAUUCCGUCUUCCUGAAUGUUUCCUGCAGCGCAUGUUCAAGGUAUUGUUUGAAAGAAGCAGCCUUGGCUCUCAGUAUUGUGGAUGCAAUGUGAUCUUGCUGAGGUCUAUGAAAAAUGGGGCAGCAACAGGAGUGGAGGUUAUAUGUUUUUAUAAGGAAGUUUUCUCUGUCCCCGUCUUGGACAAGAAGAAGAUUUACCAAGAGCUGAGUCAAGAGACUAAUGGAAUAACAAGGCUUGGACAUUAUAUUCUAGAUAAGAAAAGCCUCUAUGUGGAUGGGUAUAACCCUCAGAUGAUGCCACCCCCCUACACAAAAGAAUCAGUCUACCACCAUGGGUCCAGAAGAUGGAGGAAAGUCUACCGAAUGAAUGGCCAUCUGUUUCAAUCCAAACGUUUUAACAGAAGAGCCUACUGUGCCCAGUGCAGUGAAAGGAUAUGGUGUCUCGGAAGGCAAGGCUACAAGUGUAUCAAGUGCAAAUUACUGGUCCAUAAAGGUUGUCAUAUUUUUGUACCACGGACCUGCAAAAGGCAUAUGGAUUUGAUGAUGCCAUCCCAAGAAACUCAAGUAGAGGAUAAAAAUGAUAAAGUUGACCUUCCCUCCGAAGAAAAUGAUGGACUCGCUUAAGUUCCCUCAACCUGGAAAACGACAGCCUUAAAGAUGAUUCUGGGGACAUUAAGCCAGUUAUCGAUGGGAUGGAUGGAAUUAAAAUAUCUCAGGGGCUCGGGCUGCAUUGCCACUAAUGGAUAAAUCCAUUAACCUCAAUUGUAUUGUA